AGUGUGUUUAAAAUUGAAGUUGGAGAGAUGAAUCCAAAAGUUUUACAACCUAGACUUGUUAAGGUGUGAUGGUAGAGAAAUAAAUCUUUUCACUCACUCACCGUUGAUGUUUACUCCUCAGGCGAGUGCCUCAGCACAGAUGUGGGCUAGCACCCACAAUGAUACUCUCAAAGAGAAAAUGUCUGCACUCGUCAACGCUUUGUCUGCCUGUCCAGAUAAAAUGGGUACAAGAUAUCUUUCUGCUUUUCCUCCUGAGCUAUUUGAUUGUUUUGAAGCUAUAAAACCAGUUUGGGCACCAUAUUACACCAUUGACAAGAUACUGGCAGGUCUUUUGGAUCAACACAUAUUUGCCAAUAAUGAUCAAGCUUUAAAGAUGGUGACAUGGAUGGUUGACUACUUUUACAAGCUGUUCAGAAUGUGAUAGUGAAGUACACUAUUGAAAGACACUGGCUAUCAUUAAAUGAAGAAACUAGCGGCAUGAAACGGUGCAUAAAACUCAUCUAGGAACCUCCUUAGCUCUUCAUCGUGGUAAAGUAGCAUGAUUAUCUGUUAUAUUUUUUGUAUCAAAUAUCAGCCUGAAUGACUGGGUUCGUAAGGCAUUUGGACAUUCCACAUAAUAGCAAAAGGAGUCAUAAACAUCAUAUAUUCACUUCCUAUAGAGCAUUAGGGCAAUCUGCAAAAGGAGUUUCAUCCAAUCUGCAAUUAUGCAAAGAAUUUGGCGCCUUCUUUUGCUUUGAAUAUCUGUAGUGCGAUUAUGCCCUUAAUUCCAACAAAUAUUGCAUUGAACAAAUGAAUGUCAUUUAACAAUCCCAAAUACCCUAUAUAGAGCUGUAAAAGCUGAUUUGAUAAGUGGCAACACUUAAUGAGAUUUUUGUAAAUUGUCACAAUUGGUCAGGGAUUUUGGUUUAAUAGGUCUUUUUCAUCGGGGUUGGGGGGUUGGGAAGAAGGGGUACUGAAGUGUUGUUGGUCCUUUGUAGAUUAUCACUACAUUGUUUUUCCCGUAUCUGCAAAUUCUCUAAUAAUUUCAAACUUAUUUUUUGACAAGGCUGUUUGUUUGUUGUGACUAUGUGUAGGGAGAUUCAAAACAUUUAUUGUUGGCUCACCUUUUUGACAAACCCUGCUCUCUAGGAUUGCUUGCGAUAAAGGUAAUUAUUGUUUCUUUUGUUUAAUUACUUUAAACUUGUAUUGGUAAAUAGAUUGUAUUAAAUUUUUGAGGCAAUGUGGUGAUGGCAUACAAGCAGUGAAUAGGGCUGUCCAAAGGUGCCACUAGAUUCUUGAACUAUUUGUGCAUAAAAUUGAUCACAUGGAAUAAUAGUUUGUUAUGCAUACAUGUCAUAGUUUGCCGGAUAUAGAAAUAAUGGAGAUAGAUAUUGAGUUGGACUUUGGAUGUCGAGAGUAGUGUACAUUCCAACUUUAUAGCAAGGAUGCGGUAAAAAAACCAGCUGCCCUUGAUUAUUGAAAUAUUGCACUACUUGAACAAUUCUAACAUGAAAAAUUGAUGGGAAAUUGAUGCGAAAACCGUGCUCCUUAGAUAGCCAAUUACUUAAUGUCAACUAAGUCAAUCAGUUCUCUAGUCACCUCAAGCAAGAAUUUUGGUUCUUGAUGAAGCCACUACUUCAGUUGAUUCAACUACAGAUAAUCCUAUCCAGAAGAUCAUCUGAACAGAGUUUAGGGACUACACUGUGUGCACUAUUGCUCAUCGUAUCCCAACUGUUAUUGACAGCGAUCUAGUUCUGGUCCCCAGUGAUGGUGCAUACACUAAUACUUCCCAUUUCUUCUUCCAUUUAGUGGAAAUAAGUGUUGCUGCAAUCUGUAGAACUUUUUCCUAAGAAUUUUAGUAUAAUCUGCAUUUGGUAAUGUUAUUAAUUUUCACGGGUAUCCAAAAAAUUUUCAUUUCUUUUUCUUUUAAACUUUUGACAAGAUAAAUUAAAUUAGUAAAAGGCUCUAGAAGAGAAAGCUGCCCUUGUAGGUCUGUAGGAACAAUAUCAACACCCACAACUCUUUAGAUAUCUUGCGAUGAAUAAUUCCUGACUCUGCAUCUUGUUUUUCACUAGUAACACCAACUAAGCACAAUGUGUUUGCAUUGAAUCAAAUUUUCCAAGAUUCAUCAAAUUUUUUUGAUGUUCUUGAAAUGAUGGAAACUCAAGGAGAUUAUGGUAUACAAGAGUAUAUAUCUAAGCUUGAUUCUCAGGAUAUGCAGGUGAAUAUGUAUCUUGAUUAAGAGUUAACUUUUAGAAUGUAAAUAUGGGUUUGAGAGAGUUGUUGGUCUUCGACGUCAAAGUCUUAGGUAUGAUAUUUUACACUGUAAAAAUAUUAGAGAGUUUUGCUUCUCAUUUCUCAACUUGAGUAUGAUGGUAUGGCAAGUAUUAUCUAAAAAUGAUUCACUCUCUUUGGCUCACAGUAAUUGCUGGAAGCUGAAUGAAGGCUGUUGCUUCUUGAUCCUCUUGUGACCUGUCCCAUCAAAUUUAUUAACAUAAUGUUUCUACAACUCCAAGGUUGUUUGUACAGUCGAUCUUUGUUUUUAUUUUCAUCUCUCUCUCUGAAGUAUCUAAGUAUCAAAGUCACUUAUA